AUGCCAUUAUUACCCAUGAAUCUUGAUGAGAAUCAGAGGAUCAAACUGGGCCUAAUCCUCUGCUACUUAAACAUUUUUUUGACCUUAGUCGGAUUGGCCUUGCUCAGCUUGUCCUUGUACCUCAAAUACACGAUAGAGGACAAAUUCGUUCUCAUCAGUCAUUACGAUAACGAUAGCGUGGUAUGGAUGCUAAUAGCGCUUUCCAUUUUUUGGAUUACUCUUCACGGGCUCGGUUCAAAAAUGGUAUACGAUUGCCGAUCAUUCCACACCCGACAGAGAUCUCAAUACUUUUUGAUGCUAUGGCUUCUCGUGCUUUUCUUCCUGCCUUGGAUCGGCUUUGGUUGCGCUACCUUGUUAUUUAAGCACGAAAGUUAUUUAUUAGACAUACUCACGAACGGACUUUAUCAAGCUCUGAAAAAAUAUAGAUCUGACGGUACUGUAAAACGAAUUAUCGAUACCAUACAACUUAAAUUCUCUUGUUGUGGCAGCGUUAAUUAUGAAGAUUGGUUCAAGAUAGGCUGGAUGCAUACGAAAUACCUUAACAAACAAACGUUAGAUAUAAAAAAAAAAGUAAUUCGCGGAGAUUAUAUAGCAGAUGAUGUGCCAUUUAGUUGUUGCAAGAUAAAGCAUUUAGGACCAUGUGUUCACUCGAGUUAUACAACUCUUAAAAAUGACCCUAAAAUGUCUUUUAAUUCUACCAUACAUGAAAGGGGAUGCUCGGAUGCUUUGAUUGACAGUUUUGAUGAAUUGUUAGAUAUAUCAGCAUAUGCUACUAUCUCCACUUCUAUUAUAGAAGGUUCAUAUUUAUAA